AUGGCUAAUACAAGGACAGAAGAUGAAAUAAUGCUCUUUGAACGAGAAAUGAAAGAGUUUUGGACCAAAUUAAAAAGCAUUUAUGGCACUGAACACAUCAAUCACACUUUAGCACUGAGAGAUUCAUGCAAGGAGUCCAUAAAAGCACUUUCAGAGAAAUGGUCCAAGAAGCUAAAAGAAGGGGACCUGAUGAUUGAUAAAAUUCAGGAAUAUAGCAAUGAGAUUCUCCAGCAGAGCCAACGCGUAUCAGAAAAUGAAGAGCAUUUGACAGAAAUAAAAUCUAACCUAAAUCAUGAAGAAGAUCAAAAGAAGGACUUGACUGACAGCAUCCAAGAGCUUAAAGAAGAAUUGAUGAAGAAAAAGGAAAUAAUAUCUUCUAAAAACAAAGCCACUAAGGAGAGAGUGGAACGACUAUGCAAGUCUAAAGUAUUGUUUGAAGAGCGGCUUGGACUGGAGAUACGCAGGAUUCCCAAUGAACAAUUACAGUUUAUAUUCAGACACAUUGACCACAAAGAUCCUGACAAGCCAUAUGUGUUUACCCUUUCUAUAAAUGAACAGGGAGACUAUGAAGUGACUUCCUGUUCUCCUCCUCUGGACUGUAUAGCAGAGUUCCAGCUCAAAGUGAGAGAAACUAACAAUUUUUCUGCAUUUGUUGCCAACAUCAGAAAGGCUUUCACUGCUUUAUCGUAUAAAUAGUAUGCAUAAAACUAGCUUUUACCUUUCUUUUUGGACUUUUUUUUUUCCUUCCUGUAUUGUGAAAGUAUGUAUUUAUCCCUUUCUUACUCUGAUUUUUAAAUAAAGAAAAAUAAUGAAAACAA